GUCGGUUGGUUGUAUCCUUUUUAAAAGCGUAAUUUCCUGCACAGUCGCCAUUUAUUGUUCGUGCCGUGCGGUCACUUGUCAGCUCCUAAAACUCCUAAAAUCUCGAAACGAAAAUCCUAUGUGCUGCUCAAAAUGAUUUUAAUAGGACUAAAGACUUUUAAAAAUAUUUGGCUGGUUGGAGUUUUAUGGAUCUUGAGUGGUUUGAUUUGGCAGAUCGCUGCGCAAACUACUCAAAACAUCAAUGUUCUUUUUAUCAACGAGGUGGAUAAUGAACCGGCGGCCAAGGCGGUGGAUGUGGUGUCAACCUAUUUAAAGAAAAACAACCGUUAUGGACUUUCGGUGCAGAUAGAUUCCAUCGAGGCGAAUAAAACGGAUGCCAAGGUGCUACUUGAAGCGAUUUGUAACAAGUAUGCGGAAAGUAUUGAGAAGAAACAAACUCCUCAUUUGAUCCUGGACACCACCAAAUCGGGAAUUGCCUCAGAAACGGUAAAGAGUUUUACUCAAGCUCUGGGAUUGCCCACCAUUAGUGCAUCCUAUGGUCAGGAAGGAGAUUUGAGGCAGUGGCGCGAUUUGGAUGAGGCAAAGCAGAAGUAUUUGCUGCAAGUUAUGCCACCAGCGGAUAUUAUUCCAGAGGUUAUCCGAAGUAUAGUAAGGCAUCUCAAUAUCACCAAUGCUGCAAUCUUGUACGAUGAAACUUUUGUUAUGGAUCACAAGUACAAGUCCCUGCUGCAGAACAUCCAAACCCGUCAUGUAAUCACCGCAAUAGCAAAGGAUGGCAAUCGGGAGCGAGAGGAGCAGAUUGAAAAACUACGAAAUCUGGAUAUUAAUAACUUCUUUAUCCUGGGAAACCUUCAGUCGAUUCGAAUGGUUCUGGAAUCCGUAAAACCCGCGUAUUUUGAGCGCAAUUUCGCCUGGCAUGCCAUCACUCAGAGCGAAGGAGAGAUCAGCAGCCAGCGAGAUAAUGCGACUAUUAUGUUCCUGAAACCCAUGGCGUAUACGCAAUUUCGCGAUCGGCUGGGAAUGCUGCGAACCACUUAUAAUUUAAAUGAGGAACCCCAGUUGUCCUCGGCAUUUUACUUUGAUCUGGCACUCAGAAGUUUUCUUACCAUUAGAGAAAUGCUACAAUCGGGUGCCUGGCCAAAGGACAUGGAGUACCUGAACUGCGACGAUUUCCAGGGGGGUAAUACACCUCAGAGGAAUGUGGAUUUAAGGGAAUACUUUACCAAGAUUACCGAACCCACAUCCUACGGAACCUUCGAACUUGUCACGCAGCCGAGACAGCCCUUCAACGGCUACAGCUACAUGAAGUUCGAAAUGGAUAUAAACGUGCUCCAGAUUCGUGGCGGCAGUUCCGUGAACAGCAAAUCGAUUGGCACCUGGGUGUCUGGUCUGGACUCACCCCUUAUCGUCAAGGACGAGGAGCAAAUGAAGAACCUUACUGCGGAUACGGUGUACCGCAUCUUCACUGUUGUGCAAGCUCCCUUUAUAAUGCGCGAUGAGACCGCUCCGAAAGGAUACAAAGGAUACUGCAUAGAUCUGAUCAAUGAGAUAGCUGCAAUUGUCCACUUUGAUUACACCAUCCAGGAAGUGGAGGACGGAAAGUUUGGCAAUAUGGACGAAAAGGGCGAAUGGAAUGGCAUUGUGAAGAAGCUAAUUGACAAGCAGGCGGAUAUUGGCCUUGGCAGCAUGUCCGUAAUGGCCGAACGGGAGAUCGUAAUAGACUUUACUGUUCCUUAUUACGAUCUGGUGGGGAUCACCAUCAUGAUGCAGCGACCCAGUUCGCCAAGUUCCCUGUUUAAGUUCCUCACAGUUUUGGAAACUAACGUGUGGCUCUGCAUCCUGGCUGCCUACUUCUUCACCAGCUUUCUCAUGUGGGUCUUCGAUCGCUGGAGUCCUUACAGCUACCAAAAUAACCGCGAAAAGUACAAGGAUGACGAGGAGAAGCGGGAGUUUAAUCUGAAAGAGUGUCUUUGGUUCUGCAUGACAUCUUUAACACCUCAAGGAGGUGGCGAGGCUCCUAAAAAUCUAUCAGGACGUCUGGUGGCCGCCACUUGGUGGUUGUUUGGCUUUAUCAUCAUUGCUUCGUACACUGCCAAUUUGGCUGCCUUCUUGACCGUUUCCCGUUUGGAUACACCUGUUGAAAGCUUGGAUGACCUGGCCAAGCAGUACAAAAUCCUAUAUGCUCCCUUAAACGGAUCUUCUGCAAUGACUUAUUUCGAGCGGAUGGCCAAUAUAGAGCAGAUGUUCUACGAGAUCUGGAAGGAUCUGUCCUUGAACGACUCACUGACUCCGUUGGAACGUUCGAAGCUGGCCGUUUGGGAUUAUCCAGUGAGCGAUAAGUACACCAAGAUGUGGCAAGCCAUGCAGGAGGCAGCUCUGCCAGCAACUUUGGAUGAGGCGGUGGCCAGGGUGCGGAACUCAACAGCAGCCACAGGAUUCGCCUUCCUGGGCGAUGCCACCGAUAUUCGUUACUUGCAAUUGACUAACUGCGAUCUUCAAGUGGUGGGAGAGGAGUUCUCCAGGAAACCCUAUGCCAUCGCCGUUCAGCAAGGCUCACAUCUCAAGGAUCAGUUCAAUAAUGCUAUCCUUACGCUGUUGAACAAACGACAACUGGAGAAGCUCAAGGAGAAGUGGUGGAAGAACGACGAAGCUCAGGCCAAGUGCGAGAAGCCGGAGGAUCAAUCGGAUGGCAUAUCCAUCCAAAACAUUGGCGGUGUAUUCAUUGUCAUCUUUGUUGGCAUUGGAAUGGCCUGUGUAACGUUGGUAUUUGAGUACUGGUGGUACCGAUACCGCAAGAACCCCCGGAUCAUCGAUGUGGCCGAGGCCAAUGGGGAUCGAUCGCAUGUCAAGGAUCAUCCCGGCAAGAUGGCCGAUGGUGUGAUUCUUGGCAAUUCGGGAGAGAAGUUCGAGAAAUCAAAUGCUGCACUGCGUCCGCGCUUUAAUCAGUAUCCGGCCACGUUUAAGCCACGUUUCUAGAAGGACUCGGCUGACCGUAAAUCGAAUAUUAUAGUGAAUCGUGCACUGGGAUGUCUACGUCUAGUACUUAAGCAAUUUCAGACACUUUGUGCACUUUU